UGGUUUCAGAAAAGAAAUCCUUGAUCCAUUGAAACCAUAGAUUGUGUCUGAAUAUUACAAACAUGUAUGAGAACAUUCUUUCAAAAAAAAAAAAUGUUAAUCUCACCCUUCACUAGUGAUAAAGAACCCCUCUCCCCUUAAAAUAAAAAAAUAAUAAAAACAAAAAUGAAAAAAAGAAAGAAAGAAAGAAAGAAAGAUCGUAGUAGGAAUCCAUCCUACUAUCUUAUAAGUAGAAUUCAUUAAAAUCUCUUUCUUUCUUUUCAAUAUUCCACAUUAUAUAAUUUACUAAUUUUGUACUUGUUCGUAGUAAUUAAAGACAGAUUUUUUUUUUUUUUUUUUUUAUGAAUCUUAAAGACAUUGUUUUUGGGCAAAAAGUCUGUUCUAUUGGCCAAGAAGAGUCCAAAAGCUUGGGGGUUACUGUUUCCUAUAUAAGUUGCCAGAGCUUCCAUGCCAGGCUUUAAUCCAAACGACCCUUCUUCUCUUUCUCACUUUUUGCUCUCCUGACUUGUCUGUCAAUCCAAUAAUAUUGAAUAUUCAGAUCCCUGAGCAAAAGGGUCUGUGCAGGGGAAAUAGAGCCAGUGAGAGCAAAGGAGGUCAGAGCUUUUCCCUUUUUACUAAUGGACUCCUCCAUUCUUCUAUCCGACACUAUCGUUGCCGCUCGCCUCUGUUCUCCAUCCUCCUCUUCUUCCACCCUUCGUCAGUAUCUGCCAUGCCUCCUCUUUUCUCCGUGCACUCUCCCUCCCUCUCUUACUAUAUCCCUAUGUCCUCGUCCAGAUGUCCACAAUCGCUCAGUUCGACUCCACAAGCCCUGUGUUGUUGCUGGGAGCGGCGCUUUGAUGGCUAACGAUGUGCCGCCAAGAAAUGGAGUGUAUACAGUGUCUGAUUUUAUGACCAGAAAAGAGAAUUUACAUGUUGUUAAGCCUAGUACACCAGUUGAUGAAGCAUUGGAGGCCCUUGUUAAAAACAAGAUUAGUGGUUUUCCUGUGAUUGAUGAUGAGUGGAACUUGGUUGGUGUAGUUUCUGAUUAUGACUUGCUAGCACUGGACUCCAUAUCAGGUGGUGGACUAUCUGAUACAAGCAUGUUUCCUGAAGUCGAUAGCUCUUGGAAAACAUUCAACGAGAUACAGAAGUUGCUCAGAAAGACCAAUGGGAAGGUCAUUGGUGAUGUGAUGACACCUGCCCCUCUUGUUGUUCGUGAAACUACCAACCUUGAAGAUGCUGCUAGAUUAUUGCUUGAAACAAAGUACCAUCGUUUUCCUGUUGUCAACAGCAAGGGGAAGCUGGUUGGAAUUAUUACGAGGGGAAAUGUUGUUAGAGCAGCGCUUCAGCUAAAACAUGCUAGUCAAAAGAAAGAAUGAUUCCAUUGAUGGGAAGGGAUUGUAUUUUGAUGUGAACCACUUUAGCUGGUUAAUGGUGCAUCUCUGGCCUUCAUCCAAGUGGUUGUCCCCAAAGGAAUUUGUUGAGCCAACUAGGGGAUUCAUCGGACAGAAGACUAAUGGCUCUUCCAUUUUGACCUCAUAAGUAUUUAUCUUUAUCAUCGCUGGGCUCUUUAUAUGUAUAAUCUUCAGUUAAAGUUGAGUUUUUCAUUUUAUAUGUAUAGUCUUUAGUUUAAGCUGCUUCUUUUUUUUUUGGUUCGAAGGUGUAUAGGGAGUAAGAGAAAAAGAGGGGGUGGGGGGUGGUGGUGGUUUUGUCAUGGGCUUAUCCUUAUCAUAUAGAUGCAAGUGCAUGUAGAUAUAGAAGGCUUGGAUAAAUAUUAUGUAUUGUGUAUUGACAUUUUUUGUAAUAGUUUGUUAUAUCCACCUUGAUUU